CGUCUCCAGACGUCCUGGAACAUCUGCUGGGUGGGGGUGGGGGGUGACACAGUUCCCUGGGUGAGGUCACACCACUGGAUCUUAGCUCCGGGAAAAACCCCCGGGAGCGAGGGCCUUCGGCAAGCGGCAGCAGCAGCUGACGGCCAUGAAGGUCCUGCAGAGGAACUGCGCCGCCUACCUCAAGCUGCGCAUCUGGCAGUGAUGGCGGCUCUUCACCAAGAUACUGAGAUCUUCUUUGAGGAUGUCGCUGAGUGUCUCUGGGACAUACUCAGCAGAGAGGAACUGCUUCUCCUGCUGACUGAAUUCCUGAGGAAAAUUGAGGUGAAGGCUGGUUUGUCCAGGGAAGACAUGAAUGCACUACACGAACAUCUGAAUGAAUUGAAAAGAGACUUGGCUGGGAAGGACCAGGAAACACUCCCAAAAGAGCAGCUGGACAGGAGGAGGUUUCUGAAGAAGUUUCCUCGGGUGACGCAGCAGCUGGUGGAGCUCGUAAGCAAGCUCCGGGAGCUUGCAGACAAUGUAGACAAAGUCCACAGGGACUGUACCAUCUCCAAUGUGGUGACCCACAGCACCGGCGCUUUAUCUGGUGCCCUGACCAUCCUUGGCCUGGCUCUGGCACCCGUGACAGCCGGGGCCAGUAUGGCACUCUCAGUCACUGGGAUAGGGCUGGGAGCAGCGACUACUGUGACCACUGUGUCCACCAGAAUCAUGGAACAUGUAAGUAGGUCAUCAGCAGAAAACAAAGCCAGUCCAUUGAUAUCAAUUGGUGUCAAGAAAUGGAAGGUGCUCCUAGAGGUACUCAAGAGCAAUCCCCACGUUGUUGUCACAACAGAGAAAUUGGCAAAAGCUGAGAAACACCUUGAAAGAAAUAUCCAUGCCAUGGAGACAGGUGAAGCCAACCCUGACUCUGCAGCCAAUGCAAACAUCCUCGUGAGCCCUGGGAGAAUCUCAGCCCCAGCCAUCCAGCAGGUAGAGGCAACAUUCAAAGGCACGGCUUCGGCAGUUACCAAAGGAGCCCGAAUCGUGGGUGCGGCCACUGCAGGUGUCUUCCUCCUGGUGGAUGUGGACUUCCUGGAGAAGGAGUCAAUGCACCUGCAUAAUGGUGCAAAGGCAAUAUCAGCUGAAAACCUGCGGCAGCGGGUCAGGGAGCUGGAGAGGAAGCUGGAGGAGCUCACCCAGAUCUAUAAGCAUCUGCAAGAGGACCCAACUCCACCACCCCCAGAGCACUGAGGGUCCAGGGACACAUUCAGGGUCAAGGUGCGGAGGCACCUUGUUAGGGGAAAAAGGAGAGUGAGACAAAAUUGUUGGAGCUGAGGGUUAGGAAACUGGCAUUUCUGCAGCUGAACACAGGAGGGAAGGGGUGAUUGUAGGUGAUAGAUGGGGAGAGAGGAGGAGCCUGGAUUAAGGGAGGAAGGGGGACUAGAGAAAGGGCGGGGGCCGACGGAGAAACCUCUUAUUAUUUCAUACUAUGAACUUUUUGUUUUGUAUUGAGGAACAGGCAAUUAACAGUGGUGUGAUAGUUUCAGGUAGACAGUGAAGGGACUCAGCCAUACACACAUAUGUAUCCAUUCUCCCCCAACUCCCUUCCCAUCAGACACCACUUACUUUGAACUAAAGAAGUCACUGGGGGCAGAAUAAAAGGAGAGGCAGGGGAACUAGCAACAAGAGACCAGAAAUACAGAAGGGUUGAAAGUGGGAGAUAGAGAGGUAGGAUUGUUGGGAUCCAGGAGAAGCAGCAGGGGCUGCUCUAUUGCCCUUCCCAGUGUUUGACGCCCCAGCAAGAUGAGUCUCCUCCUCGUGGUGGUCUCAAUCCCUACUUCUCCAACAACUCAGCCUUGAUUCCAGCAUUUUAUCUUAAUUAGGCUGUGACUUCUUUUGUCUGCUUGUUUCUUUAAUUGAAGUAGAGUUGAUUUACAAUAUUCUGUUAGUUCAGGUAUACAUUGAAGUGAUUCAAUUAUACAUAAUCUAUGUAUAUAUCUAUAUUCUUUUAAAUUUUUUUCAUUACAGA